AAGAAAAACCCACUCAAAACAGAGUUUUUCACUCGCUCUCUCUUCCGCUCCUUCACUCACACUCCUCCCACACGAAGAAGAAGAAGAAGAAGAAGUUAAAAAAAACGUGCUGAGCGCUCCGCUCCUGUGUGUUCAUGUCCUCAGGCGCUAUGAACCGGAACAUGGGUAAGAUUUAAAGAAUAUGCUUUCAUUCUGCGGUAAAAGGAAAUAGAUACGGAUAGAUACUGAUCAUAACUGUACAUUUUGUUUUCACAGUCCAAGCACGCUUCAUAAUGAGGCGGUGACCUCCUGUUUGCUCGGAGCAAUAGCUGCAAGUCCAGAUUUACACGAUGUUGAUAAAGACGACAUUGUGUCCGCCUGUAAGACGUAUUAUGAGACGGUACGCAGGAGCUGAAGCUGCCAAGAAUUCAGCUCGGAGUCGAGCUAGAAGAAAGAGGCUGCUGGAAUCGAGGCAGGGUGUGCUGGCGGAUGAGGAAGUGGAACUCUGGAAGUCCGCCACCGUCGACCUCAUGUCUGGCGAAGAAGAUGGCGUCGUUGGCGGGGUCUCUGGAUGGAUUGUACUGCCGCCGUCAUUUCGUAGGCUGGAUCUCUCUGAACUCUGUGUGAAGCUGCAGUCGCGGUUAGAGGCGACGCCGAAGUACAGAGCCACGCACAGUAGGCGUCUGCACAACGGACCUGCCUCGGAGAGAAUGCUGCCAGCAUUUACCUCCAACCCCGAGGAGGAAAACGGACAGUUCACGGAGUUGUAAUUUUUGGAUACGCAUGUGUGGGCAGAUCCUCGCGUUGUAUA